AUGACAGAACAACCAACCACUGAUACUGCCGCUACUCCCGCCGCUGUAACCACAGUUUACAUUUCGAACCUGCCCUUCACCGCGAGUGAGCGUGACCUGCACACCUUCCUGAGUGAUUACGGCGCCAGCUCGGUGUUGAUCCCCACGCAGACUAUCCGUAGAUUUAGCAAGAAGCACAGUAACAAGCCUCGUAAGCCCCUGGGUAUUGCAUUUGCCCAAUUUGCAAACGACACGUCGGCUUCGAAGGCCAUUCAGGACCUAAACGGAACCAUUUUCCAAAACCAGAAGCUGUUUUUGAAACUACACGUCCCCUACGAAGCGGAGCCCACUCCAGAGCCAGAUGCGAAGAAGCUGAAGGAAAAGAAGAAAGGCAAGAAGACACCAGAGACUGCCGCCGACACGGUUUACUGUCACGAUUUGCCCGACGACGUCACUGACAGCGAGAUCCGUGAGUUGUUCCAGCUCUACUGUCCCCAAGAGAUCUGGAUCUACAGAUCCAAAGUAUACAAGAGGAAGUGCAUCCCCUUCGCGCCACACCAGAUCACCGCCGCUUUGGUGACUUUACAAUCUGAAAAGCCCAUCGCGGACAUUUGCGACGAUGUGGUCAAGACAGCUACUUUGAGGAGUAAACCUGUGACUGUGAAGCCCGCCUACGUCUCCAAGAUUCAAGAAAUUAAACAGUUGGUCAAGGACAAUCUCACAAACGCACGCGAUCCACCUCCUCCAGCGGCACCAGCGGAAGUAGCACAGGAAACGCAGGACAAUUCCGAGGCCAAUGAAGCACCCGUAUGUGCGCCUGCUUCUUCUUCAGAUCGUCCAGCAGUGGCCGCUGCUUAA